GCAUAUCUAAUGAACUUCCGGGGUAGAGGUCAGAAAAUAUUGAUGGCGGAUGCAUGUGUCUUGGAGCAGUGGUAGUGCAAUAGUGAACUGUAUUAUUAAAACAUAACUCUAGGCCAUCGCACAAAUACCCACAGAAUGAAAGACACACCGCUAUCCAACUGUGAGCGGGAUUUCCUGCUCAAAGCCAUCGAGGAGAAAAAGCGCCUGGAUGGACGGCAGACCUAUGACUACAGAAAGCUAAAGAUCACAUUUGGGACUGACUAUGGAUGUUGCUUUGUGGAUCUAGGGAAAACCAGGGUCAUGGCCCAGGUGUCCUGUGAGCUGGUGGCUCCUAAAGAGAAUCGACCAAACGAAGGAAUCAUGUUUUUUAACAUAGAGCUGUCACCCAUGGCCUCGCCAGCAUUUGAACAGAGCAGACAGUCUGAGUUGUCAGUGAAGCUAAACAGACAGCUGGAGAGAUGCUUGAGGAACUCCAAGUGCAUUGAUACAGAGUCCCUGUGUGUGGCGUCUGGAGAAAAGGUUUGGCAGAUCAGGACAGAUGUCCACGUGCUGAAUCAUGAUGGGAACCUGAUGGAUGCUGCCAGCAUAGCCGCUAUCACCGCUUUGCGCCACUUCAGACGGCCUGAUGUCAGCAUCCAGGGAGAUGAAGUCACAGUGUACAGUCCAGAGGAGAGAGACCCCAUUCCUCUUAGUAUCUACCACAUGCCCAUCACUGUCAGCUUUUCCUUCUUCCAGCAAGGAACCUAUCUGCUGGUGGACCCCAGUGAGCAGGAGGAGCGGGUGAUGGACGGCUUGCUGAUCAUUGCCAUGAACAAACACAGAGAAAUCUGCUCCAUCCAGUCCAGUGGGGGCAUCAUGCUGCUUAAAGAGCAGGUCAUGAGAUGCAGUAAAAUAGCCAGCGUCAAAGUGUCUGAAAUCACAGACCUCAUCGAAAAAGCCCUGGAAAAUGACAAGACAGCCAGGAAGGCGGGCGGUAGGUGUGGUUAUGCAGAGUCUAUAACUCAAGAGCGAAUCACAGCAUUGAAAAUGGAUGAGACUCCAGUGGAGGUGACAGAUGUAAAAGAAACAGCCAGUGACAUCAUCCAGAAAGCUGAGCCCUCUCCUCACAAGGUACCAUCGCUUGUGGUACCUGUCCCAGGUGUAGGUCAGGUCGGGCAGGGGCUGAAGAACACCUGGGGCCUGGAGGAGGAGGAUGAUGACGACGAGGAGGAGGAGGAGGAGGAGGACACCAAUGACAACGGAAGUGCAGAACAGGAGGAAGACCUAACAGUGAUGGAAGAGGAACCCCAUAAAACGGGGGAGAGCAGAGAAGCCAAUGUGGUUGAGUUGUCUGACAGUGAAGAGGAAGAGGUGAUUAUACUCCAUCCUGAAACACCAGACAGAACUCCCAAGAAUACAGGAUCCACUUCGCACCAGAAGGGGGCAGCAAAGUCCAAGAAAAGACAGAAAAAAUGAAAGAAGGGUCCAGUUUAUUUCAUUGCAAUGAAGGAUCUAUUUACCUGCAGCAGUGCCAGAACCUGCAACACCUCCUCAUGAUAAAGGCUGGCUUAAAUGAUUACCUUUCAGUUAUGCUUACUGUUGAUUGUGAAUUUGCAUAAAAAGAAAAAUAAAUACUCUUUUUCUAAA